GGGAAGGGGAGCAAGUUGACAGAUGUGUUUCAGGAGGUCCCUGGUCGGCUUCACCUUUUGUGCUUGCUUCCUGGCUUCUUACCUCACGAACAAGUAUGUUCUGUCUGUCUUGAAAUUUACCUACCCUACGUUAUUCCAAGGGUGGCAGACGUUAAUUGGUGGACUUUUGCUUCAUGUGUCAUGGAAACUGGGCUGGAUAGAGAUCAACAGCAAUUCAAGAUCUGAUGUUUUGAUGUGGCUUCCUGCUUCAGUGCUGUUUGUGGGUAUAAUCUAUGCUGGUUCCAGAGCACUGUCCAGACUAACCAUCCCUGUCUUUCUCACUUUGCAUAACGUAGCUGAAGUUAUCAUCUGUGGGCACCAGAAGUUUUUUCAGAAAGAGAAAACUUCUCCUGUAAAGAUCUGUAGUGCACUGUUCCUCCUGGCUGCCGCCGGAUGCCUUCCCUUCAACGAUGCCCAGUUUGAUCCGGAUGGAUAUUUUUGGGCUAUAAUUCAUUUAUUCUGUGUAGGAACCUAUAAAAUACGACAGAGGUCCCAGAAGCCCAACGUGCUAAGUGACAUUGACCAGCAGUACUUAAACUAUAUAUUCAGUGUGGUGCUGCUGGUAUCUGCAUCCCACCCCACAGGUGACCUCUUCAGUGUCCUGGAGUUCCCGUUUCUGUAUUUCUACAGAUUCCACAGCAGCUGCUGUGCCAGUGGAUUUUUAGGGUUCUUUCUCAUGUUCAGCACAGUGAAGCUCGAAAGCACCAUGGCCCCAGGGCAGUGUGCAGCCUGGAUUUUUCUUGCUAAGGUAGCCACAGCUGGUGUAUCGAUAGUGCUGUUUGAUGUGAUCCUGACCAAUGCAACUGUGGGUUGGAACUCCCCUGUCUCAAUAAGAGCCAUUUCUUCUCCUGCUUCUGACUUGGCCCUCUAUGCCAGACCUCGAAGAGGUAUCCCCUAUGCUACGGAUGAAUGCCGAGAAUGA